GACAACUGCCAGUCCAAAGUUGAAGCGAACUGCAUUCUCAUUCCGCAUUGGCCGCGCGGACGGCUGGAGAGCCUAAGGGCGUCGCUACACCCCUCUAUUCUUCAUCUCCAUUCGUCUGUAUAACCUCGUCGAUAUAUACCGCACACUACAAGUUUACUCUCUCUCUCUCUCUCUUCUCCACUCCAUUCUACCUGGAGCCGUGCUCUUGUCGCCGCUGGACGCCGCCUAAAACUGGAGUAACCGCUCAGCGAACACUGUAUUGAGAUCAGACUGGUAGAAGAGAGGCUACAAAAUGUUUGAGAAGGUAGUGGAGUCGGUGCUGGAGGAGUAUGUAAGCGAGUGGGUGGAAGGGCUCGAUUCGGAGAAGAUGAAGGUCGCGUUGUUCGCCGGGAAGGUCGAAUUCCGAGACUUGAGGAUGCGUGGCGCCGCGUUGGACAAGUUUCAGCUGCCCAUGAAGAUGAAAUCGGGCAGCGUAGGUAAGUUGAGCAUCAAGGUACCGUGGAAGAAGCUCACGUCACAGGCCGUGAAGAUCAAGAUCGAAGAUGUGUUUCUAGUUGUGGAGCCCACGGAUCAGGAUGAAGCUGGUAAGAAUGAAGAAGAUGAUGACUCGUACUUGCUUCGCACACGUUGGGCAAAGCAACAGGAGGUGCGAAUGCUGGAGCUGCUGGAGAAGGUGAAGAAUGAUGGUAAUUCUUCAAGUGCAAGUGAACAUGAAGGAGACCCUGGAGCUGGAGAUCCAGAUCCGACAGCAUCUUGGAGCUACCGCAAGAAGAUAUUGAACACGAUCAUGGACAACGUCUCGUUCGAAUUCACAAACAUCCAUAUCCGGUACGAGGAUUCAAAGCACUUGGCGUCAUCGAUUCCUUUGGCGCUUGGACUUACGAUUGACUCGAUUAUGAUUUCGACAACGAAUGCUAAUGGGCAAGAAGAGUUCGUGGAUCGAGCCCAGGCUCGCACUGCAUUUGUGCACCGACGUUUGGAGAUGGUGCAAGCUAGUGUGUAUGGCGAUCACAUCGAAUCAUCUGGAGUGAAAGUCGGGAUGGGUCCGAUGACCUCGGGAUCGAAUAUCAUUCAUCCUUUCAGUACUCGAAUCAACCUGGCAAGAAACCACGACGAGCGGUCAGCAGCUACGAUCCCUAAAUUGCGAUGCUCGGCGGAGAUUAGCGCUAUUAGAGCGUGUUUAACUCCAGAGCAAAGUACCUUUCUGAUAGGUAUUGCAGACUUCGUGUCUGCUCACGAAAUGUACUUGAAGCGUCUGCAUUUCCAGCGGAAGCGACCUACUGUUCCUGUUCGUUCGAACGCGAGACUUUGGUGGCAAUACGCUUUGCGCGGUGUGAUGGAACUGCAUCCAAGCGCAGCUACUCUCAAGAUCAUAACGACAAGUAGAGGAAGCGGAAGUCCACCGCGUAAGGCAAGUAUUGCUACUCGUCGAUGUAAUUGGAAUCUUUUUGCGACACUGUGGUUUGCUCGGAAAGAGUAUAUUCAUUUGCACAAGAACAUGCUGCGUGCGGCAAAGAAGAAAAAGCUCGUUAUUGAGAGUUUGAUGGCAGAUCGGAAUCGACUUAACGAGCUGGAGGACAGUUUGGAAGUUCCGACGAUUGUCUUCUUCCGGUUGUGUGCCGCGAAAGAGAUUGAACUUGAAGGCCAAGGCAGCGAUUCUCCACGAAAAUUGUCACAGUGGAAAUCGAAGUGGUCAUCUGGACGAACAUCAAGUGGUAGUUUGAAUAGCGGUGCGUCAAGCGGGCGCGAUAAUUUUCUUGAGAAGAUAGAGCUCUAUCUAGCUGUGAAUGACCGAAUGCACGCAAAUUCGGAUGGUCGAACCUCUAGUUUUCACGAAGAACGGAAUGUGGAGGCAUUGCUCAUGGCUUUGGAUUUAGUCGUGAUUAGUUUUGAGGUUGUUCUUGUGGAGGAGUAUAAGGUCGGAGACAAGUCAGACACACGAGAUUUUUUGAGGUUUGAACUCAACGAGUUUGUCGUGACUGUGCUGCAGAGAACUAGCUCUUGCACCGUAGCAUUGCGGAUCACGUCCGUCCAGAUUCUUGAUUUCCGUCAAACUUAUGAGGUGGAACACCUAGAGAAGAAAGAACCGCAAGCGCUUCUCUCUAUGAUCGACACGAUCGCUCCUAAUGGCCAAGUUGCGACGCGCAAGAAUCCCUUCGUAGAAAUGAACAUCGAGUCGUCCGAGAACAAGUUCCAGCUUGAUUGCAAGUUUGAGAGGUUCCGCUACAUCCACAACCUAUACGCAACAUCAAAGCUACGCGCAUAUUUUAUUCCGAGAACGGAGGAGGUUGCGGCUCCAGCUUUUGUAAAGAAGGAAGCACCCUCUCCACCGAAGCUGACGCGGACACCAGCUGCGCUUCCUGCACAGUUGCUACGUAAGAAAUCCCUCGAGAAUGCGUUUGGAGCUCCUGAAAGCACAAAACAGCGUCGAAGUAGUAGCGUACGGGCUCGAGCCGUUCCAACAAGAGAAAUCUUGUUUUCAAUCAAAUUACCGGAAAUUGACGUUUUCGUUCAUACAACGGAUGCGUCUGCAGAAGUUGAAGCUAGACUGAUCGGAACACAUUUCCAAAAUGGAGCAGCACACAACACGUUUGAACUAUCGAUUGAAGGGGCAGAAACCUACUUCCUAGAGCCACAAACGUCGGCGAGUUCAGAUGACGAGCAAAAAGAAAGCGAUAGUGACGCUGGGGAUCGGAAGCGCUCUACUUUGAUGCAAAGUACGAGCCUGGUAUUUUACGGGCAAAAGAUGGUGGAAGGAUAUCUGGUACCGAAGUGGCAGAUGAAGUGUACGUCACCUCCUAUCCAGUUUUCAAUGUCUAGCGAACAAUAUCAACAACUUCUGCUGGCGUCGGCAGAAUGGCAAGGUCCAAGUCAGCAAAUAGAAACUACGAAAGCCGGCAAAGCUGCUCUGUUUGUGGCUGAAGACGAGCGUCUCAAUGUUGGCAUUUCUAUUCCACAAAUACUGAUUGAUUUCAAUGGUGAAGGACCAAUCCAGGAAGCGUUAAGCGCAGCAUCAACCGAAUCGGAGGAUAUCACGGGUUUUGAGCUGGAUAUACGAGACUUAAACGUUAUGGCAAGGUUUUCAUCGGUUGCCCAAGCCGCUGCUGUAGACAUGAGUGCAGUGUCACUCGUGAAAUGCGUAAAGCAGAAGCUACCGGACAAUGAGGCCGGUGCUGCUAGCUUGGAUGCAGCUGCAGAGGAGUCUGAAGUCGUAAAUUCAUCGAUUCCCACACCACUGCCAACCGCUACAGACACAGUAUCUUCAGCGUAUGACCCGUGUACUGGAAUUCGCAUUUGCAAGCUGCUUGAGCUGCGUGGAAAAACUAGUUUCAUGAUAUCUAGUUCCGAACCACUGAUGGGCGAAGUCAACAUUGAGCAAGCUGCGUUGUACUGGGAUCACGAGCUGCUCGUUGCUCUCGUUCGUUAUCACUCCAAGUCUCAGAUCGGCAAACAGAAUAAAGGUGUUCCCCUGAAAUCAGCUGAAACUGCGCCGAUACACGUGGCUCGCUUUGCUUGUCAAGUUCGAGUCCAGCGAUGGUUCGCGUUUUGCAUGCCGAAAGCUUGUAGGCUGGAUCACAUUUCGUUUGCACUUCGUGGAACUGAUCUCCUCAUGGAUAUUUCAACGCUUGAAACCGAGUACAUACGUGUUAAGCUCGAUAGUUCAGGCGAGAUUCAACUGAUAUCAUCUCGUCUGAAGAAAGUCAAGUCUGAAAACGAUACCGAGGGUGAAGUAGUGCCAAAUGAUGUUUUUUCAGAGGAAACACACGUCCUUCUCCGAGCACAAGCUCCUGUUAGAGUUAUACUCGAGUCUGCUGGUUUUAACUCAUUGAAACACCGUGGCGGAGCUGCAGCCCACUACAGAAUCGAAGGAGAAGAGGUGCAAGUGAAUUAUCUGCACUCAUACUGGUCUCCGUUCCUGAAUCACAUAACGAAAGAAAUCGCUGGCUUUUCACGGUGGACGGACUUGCUGAGGGUGCCAGCUGGAAUGCAAACGCUUAACGAACGAUUGAAUCUCGAGUUAGAGAUAGCUCAUGUGAGCUUGUUACUACCAACGUGUGAGACCGAAGGCAAGCAUAAAACACCCUCAGACCAUAUCGAACUCGACAUUCGAGGUAUUUCAUCAUCAUCGCGAGCCUAUCCAGAAAACACGGCAUUGGAACAGCUCGGUGUUCAAAUCAAGAAUGUACAGAUACUUGCGGUGAUGACCGGACCUAAGAGACCGAAUCAAACGAGCACCGAUGAGGAAGCGAAUAAGGACGAAGCUUCAGUGCGUCACUACCCUCUUGGGCAAUUUAGUGAUGUUUUUAUCGAGCAUGUGGCCGUUCCGUUUACAUCACCCGGUAAUGAAGAAACCAAAGACGGUGAAGCAUGCGAGAACGAGUCUUCGGUGAUCGACAUCACGACCGUUUUGGAAGAAAUGGAGAAAAUGUGCAGUCACGUAAUGGUUUAUUUGUCGUCUCGAAGCAACUGGUUCAGCUCCACCCAAGAAGAAAACAGUGCUGCAACAAAGGCUAGAUUGGCAUUUAAUCCUUACCAGUUCGAGCUCCUGACACGAAUUCUCAACAAUAAUUUUGCGAUUCUUCCACCCCCUGUAAUUCGCAAUUCUACCGACGCAGAUGAAGUGAAAGUGACGGAUAUGACAUUCGAUCUUGGAGUUCUACAGCUAGAUCUUCUUGAUCCCCUUGACUCUACUAUUGACAAUACCGAUUGCGACCAACCGUCAAGUGGCACGACAAUUGCUCGAAUUUGCCUUGAACGAGUCCAGAUAGCGGUGGAUGGCUUCGCAUCUCUACGAUCUCAAGUCCGUGCAUCCUCAUCUAAAGGUGCACUGUGGAAGGUUGACUAUAGCGAAGAUGAAUCACCUGACGACGAUGUAAAAUCUGAAGUGCGCACACUAUCUGGCAGUAUAUUUUCGUCGUCAGUCGACGAUAUUUCGAAGCAAGGUAUCGACGUAGUCGUGGAUCGACGUGCUCCUUCGUCAGAUGUUGCUGUUCCUCCUAAAGAUAUUCGCAUCCAUUUGGAUGUGUGCGAGCUAUUACCCGAAAUCGUCGAGUUUGGACAAAGACUCCGAUACUUCGCCUCCAUUGAAUCCGAGCUAUCGGAGAAAAUCGAACGCGCUGAUGCCUCUUUGGACGUUUCCAUUACGACUGGGAUUGUGUACUAUUUGGCUGCGGAAUGCGUUCCCAACCACAUGGAUGAGUAUGGUAUUGAAGACGAAAUAUCUCGUCGACUGUAUCCCCAUGAAGCAACAUUGAAAAUGAUUGCGAGUGGAUGUAUCGUUGGACGGUAUCACAGUGACGAUCCUGAGAAUUCUAAGACACAAGUUUACGGUCGUAAUAUGUCAGUGAAAGUGAGCUCUGAAUGGCCACCAGAUCCAGCAGCCUUGGUCACAGAAGCUCCAGCCAGUCCAACAGAUUCGCCGACUAGAAAUGACGCAUCAGGUGGAGCUAUGGAAUCUCAGACUAAAUAUGAGCGCACUGUGUGUGAUGACUUUACAUUCGAUGUCGAGUUGGUCACUGCAGAAGAUGCUGAAGCAACGAUGGCCAUCAACUUGACUCAUUUCCACGCCGUCAUCUGUACUGUUGAUCUAUUUCUUUUUACUCAAGCCAAAAACGUGCUAGGAACGGAUGACGACGUCAGUGAAGACAAUACUAAAAGAGAAAAGACCGAAGAGGCUGGAAGCUCUGUAGAAGGAGAAGUAGAAGCUGAAUCGGAUCCUAAACAUGUGGAAUCCCAGUCAAGAUCGCUGGCUCCACCAGAGAUUGAAUUUCGGGAAGACAGUAUCAGUAUGGUUCAGUUAUUACUCGAAGAUACAAGCAUCACGCUUCUUAGACAAAGUGGACCGCAUUUGUCUCCGAUAGCGCGUCUUUAUACCUUCCGCGCUAUGUGCAAGGUGACCUACGAGGUAGGAGAACGAGUUGACGGAGUUGUCCCAACAUUAACGGAGGUAGCAGUGGAAUUCCCCGAUGAAAGUUUGAACGAGCCAAAUGCAGACGAUGGAGUCAGUAUUUGGGGAUUUAACACAGCGCUAGGUUCGUGGGAACCGAUCGUGGAGCCUUGGAUGUUUGAUCUUAUGGGCUCUUUAACUCGCGAUGAAACAGGAGAGGUGACUGCAAACCUGGAUUUCACUGGGAAGGAAGGCCACCCGCUCAAUGUCAACGUGUCCCCGGCGAUGAUUGACUCGCUGUGUCUGACGGCAAAAGCUUAUGAUGGAGCUUUACAUAGCGCACAUGCUCCUUAUGUAUCGCCAUCGAACGUCAUUUCAUCCGACUGCUACUUGGUAAACGAUACAGGAGCUCCAAUUACCUACUGGGUUACGCACGACAUCGGAAAUGCAUCGAGAGGGUUUACCUACGCGUCUAGACGAAAACCCAAGCGCGAAUUGCUGUCGAACCGAGCGAAAAUCGCUCUUGAGUUGUUGACAUCCAUUUCUCCGUCUUUGCGUGCUGAACAAACGGUUUCUUUCUGCUGGGACGACAACGAGUGGCAUCCGUUAACUGACAUUCCGAUUCGCAAUACUGGCAAGUACAUUUACGGCGUUCGUCCUCGACGUAUUGGUGGAGACAGCGAACAAGACAGCAAUGCGCAGGAGAAUUCGCACACUCCCGACGCUGUGACUUCACCAAUCCCACGACCACAACUUCUACAUAUCCUUCUCGACGUCUCUGCAGCGUCUGGAUGCCGAACAUUCACGAUAUCGUCAUUAGUUCGUCUAUUCAACGAAACGAACAUAGCAAUCGAUUGUGGUGUUCUUGAAGCCGAUGGGAAAACCAUUACGGAGAUUGGUACAAUUGAGCCUAAAGGCGCGUGCAGCGUUCCAUUCCGCUUUGUUCAGCAGAUUUGGUCUGUUCGAAUGUUCAUGAAGCCGCAUCAUUACCACUCGCCUGCCCAGUUAAGAAGUAAUUCCAAACUCUCAGCUGAGCCUCCGUCGGCUGACCGAGUACAUCGAUGGAGCAACGAGUUAUUUAUUAGCGAGAAAGAAAGCAGCACACUACACACCGCGUCGUGCUCACUUGUUCUCGAUGACUUCGCCUGCAAGUGCCAGAAGAUGUUUGACGGAUCGAUGCCAUUCCACCCGAGCCAAAUCUGCAAGGCCAACGGAAGUUUCUUCCACGCACACAGUCGUGUCUUCACUUCUUCAAAUGCGACCAGUCUACAGUAUGCUCAAUUGAAGCUGAUGUCUCCGCUAACGCUGGUUAACAACUGCGGUGUACCGAUUAUUGCCGUGCUGUUCACACUUAAAAAGGUUCGACGUACGGCUGGGGCAUGCGAAGAAGCUCAUCUGGUAUCGUCGCAGGUCAUCCCUCCACGUGGUCGAGUAGAUACACUGUCGUCUGCGCUCCAGGACGAGACCUAUUGCUCGAUAUCAAUGACAGGCUCCAGUUGGAGUCGUCUAUUUCGUAUUCCUAGCAUCCUGGACUCGCCUGAAGAAACAGCAAAAACUGCAACACCCGCUGCUGCUUUGAAGGCGAUUUCAGCGUUACCUUUGAAGCCUGGGAGUGACAACAAGAACGUGGUGUUGUCUCUGUUGGAUUUCCAGUCACGGACAGCUACGUUGCAUGUAUCAUUUGACAGCAAGGAGAUCCAUGAACGGAAUGCUGGACACUUCAUAAUCGUGCAACCACGCUUCUUGCUUCGAAACGCAACAUCGCUUCCUCUUAUUUUCUCACCUCAAGUGAAGUUGAUCGAGAAGAUCCCUGGUACGAAGUCGAUGAUGGCGCGGUUUGCCAAGUCUCCAUUCUCACCAUCCAGAAAGAAGCAGACGGAGGAAUGUUGCGGAUCAGCUGAGAUGGAAGCUAUUCAUGCGAAGCUCAAUGCCCUUCAAGACCAAAAGGUAUCAGAAGAUGCCAUAGAUGAGGACGAGCUGCAAGCACACUAUUAUUCUGAGGUUAGCGCGAUCAUGGUACAGCUGGAAGGUAACACGUUGCAGUCGUCUAGUGCCCAGGAUAUCAGUCUGGAAGUUGGAGCCAACACUUCGCUCCGUGUCUACAACGAGGCCACCAAACGUUAUCAUGAUCUUGUUGCUCUCUUUAAACAAGUGGGAGGAUCAAGAUCAAUGGAGGUGACGUUUGUCGAGCGGUAUCUAGUGCUCAACCAAACGGAUCAUGUGCUUUUAGCGUCUGCAGUAUCCGACAUCGCUACUAAGAAAGGAGCUGGUGACGACAAGAAAAUCCUUGCUGCUCCACCGCGAUCCACAUCCGAGUUCAGUUGGUGGAUGCAUUCUUCCGUUCCGUCGGACACUUGCGUUCGAUUGAAAGUACAAAGUUCCAGUAAUGAAGACAAGCAAGGCGAAGACUAUCAAUGGAGUGGUAAGUUCUCGCUUCACGACGUCAGUGAGACAGCAUUGAAGAUCAGUACUCCUGAUGCUUCUCGGAUUUGCGUUUUACGUGUCCAAGUUCGCGUGGAGGCAGCCGUACAAGUUUGUGUAGUGGUGACUAGCGAAGACGUUGCCGAGUUUCCGCUGUAUCGGAUCAUUAACUCGUGUGCACGAGAAACUAUUUGGUUCAAACAGAUUUUCGAUGGCGUCAAGAAAGACGCGUCGGCUUUCCAACGUGGCGUGAUGCAGAGCUUAGCACCAGGUGAAAGCGUGUGUUUCGGUUGGGAUGAAGCUUUUUUCUUAGGUAUCCCCAACCGUGAGAUCAGCGUCUGGUAUGCGCCAAAGGAUGGUACAACAUCUUCAGAUUAUCACAGUACAAUUCUUCUCGAUCAACCUGGAGAAUCGCAACAAAUCGAAAUACCAUCCAAAGCUGCGCUUCCGAAGGCACCAAGUCGGGUGUAUGUGCGCUGGCAUCUCCAAGGAGUUACCAAAACGAUGGUAGCGCAAGAUGUGCCGCUCAAUCGGAAGGAACGAGCUGGUAAACAGACUCGAGAACUGAUAGCAGCACACGGAGAAACGGAGAGAUCCACUACACCAGGCUUCACCUCUGAGGUGGUCGCUCACUUCCGCUUGCCACAUUUUGGCGUCUCAUUGGUGACCAGUACACCGGAUGAACUUCUCCUCUUCUCCGGUCAAGAUGUGGAUAUUGCGUAUGCCAACAUCAACAAUGAUCAUGAUCAAUGUGAAGUGAAAAUCGGAUGCUUCCAGCUCGACAAUCAGUUAAGUGAUGCAAUUUAUCCUGUAGUUAUCGCACCGAUCUUGAAGAAAGGUAGUGGAUGUGCUGGGUUCCGAGACGAAGGCACAUCAUCAUCGCCUGACAAGCAGAAAAGUACCGAAGUCCGAUCCGCACAUGGCACCGAGCCAACAAACGGAGACGAUGACAAUGGCGACAAACUCGAUGCGAAAUCUGGCUCACGAGCUCCUGUCAUUCGGCCACAUUUUUUCCACCUAUCGAUGCUCCGACUGAGCUAUGACGACAACAUGGACUACAUCAAGUACUUUUCUGCUAUGAUGCAGCCCGCUAGGAUCCAGGUCGACGAAGCUUUCUUACUUGCACUUGCAUCGUUUGUCACGGAUUGUUCAGCUACUUUGGAGAGGAAUUAUCCACCCGAGCGACGACGUCUUACCAGUGAAGCAUCAAAAGUGCAUUCCAAGUCCUCUGACAAAAGAUUCAAUGCUAACUCGGAGAGGAGAAUUUACAUUGAAACGCUGCAGCUUCAUCCCGUUAAGAUCCAGCUCAGUGUCACGAUACUAAACCAUUAUGGAGAAACCGAGGAAUCCGCAACAGGGCUGGCUUCACUGGUUAAACUCCCACUUGCAGUAACAAAAGCUCUGCUGAGCUCGACAUUCUCCCAGAUCGACAGUGCGACGCUGUAUCUGAAUGCGCUCCACCUCAACCACGCGUUCGCGUCUGGAGCAUUCUUGAUGUCGACGGUGCAGCAACACUACAUGCUGCAAGGAAUGCGUCAGAUUUACUCUUUGAUCGGCGCUGCAGACAUCCUGGGUAACCCUGUGGGUCUAGUGACGAACCUUGGCGUAGGAGUGAAGGAUUUCUUCUAUGAACCCGCUGCAGGACUCGUCACCUCACCACAGGAGUUCGUAUUGGGUUUAUCUCGUGGCACAACCAGUCUGUUCACUCACUCGCUGUAUGGAGCUUUCAACGCCGCUAGCAAAGUUACAGGCACUUUGUCGGAGGGUAUCGCAACUUUGUCAUUGGAUCGUAAAUAUCUUGCCGAACGACGAGCUCAAGGACCACGAAAGCAAGUAGCCACGCACAUUGGCACAGGACUUAUUCACGGCACGAAGCAGCUUGGUAAGGGCAUAUUCGCCGGUGUCACGGGUGUCAUUACUGCUCCAGCUCAAGGAGCAAUACAAGGUGGUCUUCCAGGAUUUAUCGAGGGAGUUGGUAAGGGAUUGAUCGGUGUAGCAGUCAAACCUGCAGCCGGUGUACUCGACCUAGCAGCCACGACAGCAGCAGGUAUCACUGCAACAACUUCAGCAUUAGACCGUCGUACUGGAUUGGGCAAAGAAGUUUAUCGUCGACGUGAACCUCGACUCCUCCGUGUGACAAGCGAUCAACGCGUUCGAGUGUAUACUCCUGCAGACGCAUUGGUAUCUCGCUUACUGCUGACGUUGCCGAUGAAAUUCAAGCUGCAGCUUCCCAACGAGCUGUAUGAUACGCAUAUCUUCCUACCUGGUGCUCGUAUUCUGGUGGCCACCUCGCUGCGUCUUCUUCUACUUGAAUUCGCGUCCGAAGGAACUCUUGCAACGCUGACAACGGCAAUCAUGUCAUCGACAUCUAUUCCACCGCCUUUGGUAGUCUGGAGUCACCCCUUGUCGAAGCUGGUAGGCGCUCAGCGUACACCAACAGGUAUUGCCGUGCAUAUAGGCUCGAGUGCCUUUGAUGCCGAGCUUAUGGGCUCUAAUGCUUCCGAAAAAGCGAAGGACGACGUUGCAACUUCGAUGCUCUCGGAUCUGGAGGAAUUAGGAGCGUCAGGUAUUGAUCGAGUGCAAGAGUUCCUCACAGACUUGGUCGUGAGGCACCAGCGAGCUACUGCUACGAGCUAUGGCACCGAGUAAACCAACUGGACUAGACAAUAUAUGAGCUGUGAAAAUCUUUCAUAUGACAAUCUUCGAGUCACUGA